UCUCUUUUCUCCCUCGCUCCCUCUCUCUCUCUCUCGGAAUUGAACAGAACUAAACUUCUCUUUUAUGUCUCCUCCUCGACAAAACCUCCUCCUCCGCCUCCGCUUCCUCCGCCGCCACUCUCCGCCGCCAUUCUCCUUCUCACUCUCUCCCUUCGACCUCACUUACUACACUAGAAAAAUUAAACAAACAUAAAAGCAAAGUUCCUUUCUUUUUAAGCUUAUUAUCAGCAACAUAGCAAUUAGGGAAAAUUCAUCAACUCAUCCAUGAAUGCUCCAAUAAUUGAUCCACUGCAAGGAGAUUUUCCAGAAGUGAUAGAGGAGUAUUUGCAACAUGGGCUUAUGAAAUGUAUUGCUUUUAAUCGUCGCGGCACGCUUCUUGCUGCUGGAUGCACUGAUGGAAGUUGUGUUAUUUGGGACUUUGAGACCAGGGGAAUUGCAAAAGAGCUCCGGGAUAAAGAUUGUGUUGCUGCCAUAACAAGUGUCUGUUGGUCGAAGUAUGGUCAUCGAAUUCUUGUGUCUGCUGCUGACAAAUCACUAACACUUUGGGAUGUUGUCAGUGGAGAGAAGAUUACUCGCAUUACUCUUCAGCAAACCCCACUACUAGCUCGGCUACAUUCUGGAUCCUCUACUCCAUCUCUCUGCCUGGCAUGCCCACUUUCAUCUGCUCCCAUCAUUGUAGAUUUAAACACAGGAAACACCACUUUGCUACCAGUUACAGUAGCUGAUGUGGACAAUGGACUUGCCCCACCAUCACGUAACAAGCCCACAGAUGGUCUCCCUUUCACUCCCACUGCCGCAUGCUUUAACAAGUGUGGGGAUCUGGUUUAUGUGGGAAAUUCCAAAGGAGAAAUACUUAUAAUAGAUCCCAAAAGCAUUCAAGUGCAUGCCAUGGUUCCCACUCCCGGUGGUGCUGUGAUUAAGAACAUAGUUUUCAGCAGAAAUGGACAGUUUCUUCUUACAAAUUCAAAUGACCGGACAAUUAGGAUAUAUGAAAAUCUUCUUCCUCUUAAAGAUGGUCUCAUGGCUUUAGAGGACCUGAACAAGACUCUUGAUGAGGUAGCUGGUGUCGAGAGAAUGAAGGUUGUUGGAUCAAGGUGCUUAGCACUUUUCCGGGAAUUCCAGGAUAUCAUCACCAAAGUGCACUGGAAAGCGCCUUGUUUCAGUGGUGAUGGGGAAUGGGUUAUUGGUGGUUCUGCGAGCAAGGGAGAGCACAAGAUCUACAUAUGGGAUAGAGCUGGACAUCUUGUAAAAAUCCUUGAAGGUCCAAAAGAAGCAUUGAUUGAUUUAGCCUGGCAUCCUGUUCACCCUAUUAUUGUCUCUGUUUCAUUGACUGGCUUGGUUUAUAUUUGGGCUAAGGACCAUACUGAGAACUGGAGUGCAUUUGCCCCAGACUUCAAAGAGCUAGAGGAAAAUGAAGAGUACGUGGAACGUGAAGAUGAAUUUGAUCUGAUACCUGGAACUGAAAAGGUAAAAGAAUCAGAUAUUAAUCAAGAUGAUGAAGUUGAUAUUGUAACAGUGGAGAAAGAUGCUUUCAGUGAUUCAGAUGUGUCUCAAGAAGAACUGUGUUUCUUGCCAGCUACCCCUUGUCCUGACGUUCUUGAGCAACAAGAUAAGUGUGUGGGAAGUUCUUCAAAGCUGGUGGAUUCAAAUAAUUCUGGUUCCCCUCUGUCUGAAGAAGCUGAACAGAAUGGACAAGCAACGAACCAUGCAUCAAGUCCUCUUGAAGAGGACACGGGAGGGACACGCAUGAAGAGAAAACGGAAACCUUCUGAAAAGGGGUUGGUAUUGCAGGCGGGGAAGGUCGGGAAACCAUUGAAAUCUUCUGGUAGAUUGUCAAAAUUAAAAAGUAAACCUGAUACUGAUCUGGAUAUUGGUAAUGGAAUGUACGGGGAUGGUAUUUCUGACUGAGUAUCAUUAAUUAUAAUUGACAUGCAUCUAUUAUUUGUAUCUGCAAGCUUCCUUAUCCAUAAGGAAAACUCUAGCAUCAGUUAUUAUUCAGACAUUUUUGCUCCAUCAAA